AUGGUUAAGACCCCGCUGUUCUUAUUCAUUAUAUCGGCCGGCAGCUGCAAUGCCUUGAGUCUCUGUGCAGGACGGCAUUAUUGUCCCUGGACGGGGCCGGUACAAAGUGCAUCAGAGCCCAAGGAGGAUGCAAAUGUUGCCGCCAUAGAACUACCGAAGCAGCAGGUGCACUUCUCAAGAUUACCAAAUGUAGAUAAGAUUACAGAAAAACCUUCACCCAGUGAAGCAUUCUCUUUGCUCGACACGGUCUCCGACAAGCUCCAAACCGAUGUGCUACAUGGCUUGGACGAGGAGACUACUCUCUAUGACCGCACCUGGGCUUCGAGAGGAAAUGGAUGGGACGCUCGAGUGGAAUUGAAGCUAAGACCAGGGAACCGGGCGAUGUCUAGUCUGGACUGGGCAACUAGAUGGGAGAAAGCAAUGGACUGCCUCUCGUCAAAGGAGCUUGAGAAUGUGGAUAUGUAUGAAAUGGAUGAGCUUGCCCUUGCAGCCUUCUGGGACCGGGUGUGGGGAUGCUAUGUACCAUAUGCAGGUGGACGUGACGAAUGA